AAAUGAUGAAAGAGAAGAAACUUCCAAGAGCAUUGAUGUGAAGGAAUAUGGCCAAGAAAUUAUGGUAAUGGUCAGUCGAACGACGAUGACGUCAUCCUCCAAAAGAAAGAAAAAGCGCUGUGAUUAGACCGAAAGAAAGAAAGAAAGAAAGAAAGAAAGAAGGGAAAGACCAAUUUGAUAAUAUUCUUACACGUUUCAGAGUUGAAACAGCGUGCAACCCAGGAGAAAGUAACGACAUUGAUAGGAUGACAUUAAGAAACGUGUCAGUUUGCAAUUGUGAAAGAACAAUGUGAAUGGACAACGCUGGAGAUUAUAUUUCUUGCUCAGAAAUAUAGAAUUAGAAGACUAAUAAUAUAGAAUAUAGAAUUAGAAUUAGAAGACUACUUUACACCUUUAAACAUAUCUCGACGUGUGAUCGUUUCGUUUCAGUCGAUUAAUUUUAUAUAAUUUGAUUUCGGCAGCUAAAAUUUAAUUUGGAAUUUAAAUAAUUUUUUUUUUUUUAAAGGAAAGAAGUUCUUCAAGAUCAAUUGCUGAAAAUCACACGACGAUAUCACUGGUCGUUACAAUCUGUUACAAUUAAAUCUACAUAUUUAUAUUAAUUUAAUAUUACAAAAGUUUAUUACAUUGGAGGAUGUUCAAAUUUCAAUUUUAAUGCCGCUCGAACGUAUCGUUCAAAUUUCGAACACUGCCUAUUAUUUUUCACGCGUACGUACGCACAAGGAUAAAUUAUCCAUUACAGCCCACAUAAUACCGAUCACAUGGUCAAACAGUGCAACUAGAACCAAACAUAACCGGUUUACACCGUCUGGAAAAAUUGGAAGGAAGUCGCGCGCGUGUAAAGUUCUGCCGGUAAAAAAAACUAAAUUAAAUGUUUCAAAAUUGAUGAACGAAGAGCAAUGUAUUUCCCACUUGUUUCCUUUUACAGGCGAAACGAUAAAUUCGAUUUCACAGACAUAGCCAAUACGUGUUACGUAAAUUCACAGCCUUGCAAAUUUUGAAUCUUGAUGAAGUCUCUGUUAAGUCUUUGUCAAAUGUUAUUCCAGUAUAAAUUAUGUAUUAUUUAUUAGAUAUUCACGUGUCGUGCCGUACGAAUUACA